UUCCUCAUCAUAUUAGAAAAUUAUGUUCAAAUUUUAAAUUAUCCGAGAAGAAAAAUAUUUUAGUUACAGGUGCUACGGGAUUUUUAGGUCCUCUAAUUAUCUGUGAAAUUGCUAAACAAAUGGAUGAUAAUGUGAAUAUUUAUUGUAUUAUUCGAGCAACAGAUAAUGAACAUGCUAAACAACGUUUACAAGAUGAUUUAGAAAAAUGUGGAAAAAUGAAUUCAGUAAAUUGGAAACAAAUUCAUUGUAUUGUUGGAGAUAUUUCAAAAGAUAAUCUUGGAUUAGCAAAUGAUUUAUAUAAUAAAUUAAUUGAAGAAAUUGGUUUUAUUUAUCAUAAUGCAUCACAAGUACAUUUAGAAAUGCCUUAUAAAGCAUUAAAAAAAUGGAAUGUUCAAGGAACAUUAAAUGUUUUAGAAUUUGCAUUAAAAUCUCAUGGAAAAUUUAUUUAUACAAGUUCAGUUGCUGCAUUACCUGCUUCGAAUGAUUUACAAGAAGAUUCAAAUGGAUGGACUUGUUUAACAUCAAAUGAAAUCAAUCAAAAAGAUGGAUAUGGACAAGCAAAAGUUAUUUGUGAAAAAAUUUUAAAACAAGCAUCAGAUCUGGGUGCUCAUAUUAUUAUUGUACGACCUUGUUCAAUAUCUCCACAUACAAAUACGGGUUAUACAAAUCUUAAUGAUUUUAUUAAUAUAUUAUUACGAACUCAAAUUGAAUUAAAUACUAUUGUAGAAAAUUCUAAUAUGAAAUUACAUUUUGUACCUGUUGAUUAUUGUGCUAAAGUUACUGUUGCCCUAUCGAAACAUUUUGAAAGUCAAGGUAAAUGUUUUAAUUUAUAUGGAAAUCCUUUCAAUAUAGCAAAUAUUUAUAAAAUUUUAUUUGAUAAAUUAUCAAAUAUUAAUAUUAAAAAAAUUAAACAAAAUCAAUGGAAAGAGUUUGUUUUGAAUAAUUUAUCUGAAAGUAGUCGAUCAUGGCCUUUAAGAGAACGAAUAGCAGCAAUUCAAUUUGUUAAUGAAUAUCAUGGAGAUGAACAACAUGUUGGUGUACCUAUUCAUAUGACAAAAGAAUUUUUAGAAAAAAAAUGUCUUAUUCCAUGGUUUGAAAUUAAAGAUGAAGAUUUUAUUAAAUCAAUUGAUUAUAUGAUUCAACAGAAAUAUUUUAAUUAA